AUGGCAGCACGCCAUCAGUUCGAGAAUAGUAAUGAAAUAGGCGUGUUCGCCGCGUUGACAAACUCUUACUGCCUUGCAGCCAUAGGCGGUUCUGAAAACUUUUACAGCGUCUUCGAAGCGGAAGUUGGGGGCGAAGUACCUAUCGUUAAGGCCAGCUUGGCAGGUACUCGGUUAGUGGGGAGGCUGAGCGUUGGAAAUAAGCAUGGUCUACUGCUUCCAACUUCGGCAACCGAUCAAGAGGUGAUGCACAUCCGGAACUCUCUUCCAGACGAGGUGUUUGUUCAGCGGACUGAGGAGAGACUUUCAGCUCUAGGGAACUGUGUGGCGUGUAACGAUCAUGUUGCGCUUGUCCAUCCAGAUAUUGAUCAGGAAACUGAAGAGAUAGUCGCAGAUGUUCUCGGAGUUGAGGUAUUUCGACAGAGCGUUGCAGGUAACGUUCUGGUUGGUAGCUUCUGUAAGUUCUCCAACCAGGGUGGUAUCGUGCACCCACAAGCAUCAGUACUGGAAGUGGACGAGCUAUCAUCACUUUUACAGGUCCCUCUUGUAGCCGGUACGAUCAAUCGUGGUAGUGAUGUCCUCGGUGCCGGUUUGCUUGUGAACGACUGGGCUGCAUUUUGCGGGCUAGAUACCACUUCGACAGAGAUCCAGGUCAUCGAAAAUAUUUUCCAAUUACACCAUGCGGACUCGAGCAAGGCAGUGAGGGAUAUACGUGCUUCACUUCUUGACACACUUGUCUAG